AUGAAGUUGCCUGCUUCAUUUGCAUACUUGAGACGCUGCCAUCCUCGCCACUUAUCAGCUCUGUACCAUACUCGCAGACCCUUCAGCACCACAACAACCCACCUCAACAAGGAUGGCGACUCCGCCAAUGUAUGGAACCUGACCCACGAAGACGUCUCCCAGUACUGGAGAGGCUACCUUGCCACACGCCCCAAAUAUACAGACGCAUUCUACGACCUGAUCUACAACUACCAUGCCUCACACUCACAAUCAAAACCGCCCUCAUUCUCCAUCGCCCACGACGUCGGCGCUGGACCGGGCCAGGUCUCCGCGAAACUGGCCCAGAGAUUCUCCCACGUCGUCGUAAGCGAUAACAACGAGAACCACGUCAAUUAUGCCAAGCACUUCCUGUCAAACACCAGCGUGCCAGCAUCCCGAUUCUCUUUUGCAGUCAAGAAAGGGGAAGACCUGGGCUCCAAGUACCCACCCGCCUCCGCCGAUCUGGUCGUCAGUGCACUCAUGUUCCCGCUCAUGGAUACCAUGUCUGCGCUGCGAAGCUUCCAUGCGCUUUUAAAGCCUGGUGGAACGCUCGCGAUAUGGUUUUAUGGACGUGCGCACUUCGCCGAGCUCGAGUAUGCGGGGCUGUGUCAACCGCUCUUGGACAGGAUCAUCAAUCAUCAUUUCUCGGGCGUGAUUGCCGGAGGGGGCCCGGAGCACACGGCGGGAUGGAAGCAUGUGGCGGAUGGCAUAGCCAGUUGGCUGGAUUAUAUCCCCUUUGCGAACGAGGACUGGGGGUCUGUCGAGCGACACAAGUGGAAUGCGAAAUGGACUAGUCUGGGGUUCUUUGGUAACGAGGCGUGCAAUUUUGCCGUGGAGCCGAGGAGUAGUGUCACAGACGCGGAGGCGGUGAUCGACAGGGACGAUAGGAGUCUCUGGAGGAAGGAUUGGGAUGUGGGUCAACUUCGUGAGUUCGUUCAGUAUAUAUACCUUUUCAGGGGAUGGAGGAGGAAUCUGUGA